UUCCUGUGUCACAGUUUCGUUGACGAUGGAGGACGAAAUCAAUAGCUGUAGUAGCAGCAGUACCAACAGUACCAAUGGUGAUAGUGAUAAAUGCUCCGAUGCUAGUUCUAGUUCCAGUGAAAAGGAUAUAGAAAGUGAAAAUGACAAGGAUAACGAAGGCAGUCGACCGGACAGCAAUGUAACGGCGAAUGGGACGAAAAGAAAAUCUGGGACUACCAGCUGUGGUGGCAGUGGAAAUGAGGACGAUAAGGAGGUCAAAACGGUGGCAAUUAAGACUAUCGAUGGGAACGUGGGCCCUCUGACAGCGACGGUUAAAUUCAUAAAUCCGUUUAAAAAUAACUGGAUCAACGCUGAUCGGUUGAACGAGCUCAGGAAGAAGGUGCAGGAUGCCUCCAAACAUCAUCGGGUGUUUCUUGUGCGGGGGUCGUUCCAUACCGUGCGGCGAGCUUUGGUCGAAAGGGGUUGGGUGGAAAAGCUCGACGGGUUUAGGGCAAAACCUCAGGCCAACACCUCUUCCUCAGGGUUCAUUUUGGAGGAUCUAGUUCAACAGCUCCCGGAACGAAAGCCAGGUGAAUCACGUAAGAACCACAUCGUUAAAUGUGAACGAAGCAUUAUGUCCCGCUUCCUGGAGCAUACACCCAUCGACCUUCUGUGGACAGCUCGCAGGGAGAAGGCCGAUUGGCUAGAUAUGACGAAAAAUUCUUCAUUGAUCAUCAACCGCUUCAGCAAGGCACCGUUCACCACCAAAGAAGGUCUCUGCUCGGCUUUGCACGAUUUUCACUGGUUUUACGAAGAAGGUAUGUCGGAAACCUACUUCCCACGAUGCUACAACGUCUGGAACCCUGAAGAGCUGAACGAAUUCAUCGAUAACUUCCGCCUGACGGCCUCGAUGGGUCUUCUGAAGUGGUUGGUGGAGACGUAUGACAAAGAAGGAAUGGAUGCCAUCCUAUCGGACGAGGGAAAAGUUCCGGGUUCGUGUAUCAACUUCGCACUAACCCGCUGCAAAGAGUACCUGGAUUAUUGUCUCCACAACGACAUCGACGUGGAGGAGGAUGUGAAGAUUUGGGACCACGACUGGGAUGUAUUUCUGACGCACCAUUUCCUGUUGACCCACGAGGGUGGUACUAUUCAGGUGAUGAAAGAGCGAGAGGAAACGAAUGUAAUUGGGAAUUAUGUUGCGGAAGCCAAGUCGGUGCUGGAGCAGAUAAAAAAUCACUGGCCGCAGUACGCGCUGGAUGGGUAUCUGAAUAUAUGGAUCGUCAAACCGGGCAACAAGUGCCGUGGAAGAGGGAUUCACUUGAUGAACAAUAUUAAGCAGAUUAUCACGAUGGUGAAUCCACCGAUUGUGAGCAAAACAAGAUAUGUCAUCCAGAAGUAUAUAGAACGCCCCUUAAUCAUUCACAACACCAAGUUCGACAUCCGGCAGUGGUUCAUGAUUACCAGCGUGCAGCCGUUGAUUAUAUGGUUCUACAAGGAAAGUUACCUCCGCUUCAGUUCGCAGCAGUACAAUCUUAUGAACUACCACGAAUCGGUACACCUGACCAAUCAUGCCAUCCAGAAGAAGUACCACAAUGCAGUCCGGGACGAACGGCUUCCCCACGAGAACAUGUGGGACUGUCACACCUUUCAGGCGUACCUGCGCCAGAUAGACAAGUACGAAAUGUGGUCCGAACGAAUUUAUCCGGGAAUGCAGAAGGCAAUCAUUGGGUCGUUACUGGCCUGUCAGGAUAAUAUGGAUCGUAGACCUAAUACGUUUGAACUGUACGGAGCGGAUUUCAUGAUUACGGAGGAUUUCUACCCAUGGUUGAUUGAGAUCAAUUCGAGUCCGGAUUUGGCGCCUAGCACAAGUGUUACCGCGCGACUUUGUCCGCAGUGCGUGGAGGAUACGAUACGAGUUGUCAUCGACCGCCGCCACGACCUGAACGCGAGCACCGGUUCAUUUGAAAUGAUCUACAAGCAAGUGAUUCCAAAAACACCAGCCUACAUGGGACUAAACCUCCAGCUGCGAGGCCAUCGGAUCACUCCAAAAAGCACCGCUAAGAAAGACCGGCUGCGUAUUCUCCCAGUGAAGCCGGUCCAAAAUGUUCUGCAAGUAUCGCGCCUUGCUGCCUCUGCAGCCCCCAAACCAACGACUGGUCCAGUGAUUAUGGAUCUUCUCGAAUGUCUUCAAUUCGACACCAAAGUUCAAGAAGAGGAGGAAAUCCGCGCCCGAACGGCCAUCUAUAGGAAAUCCGGGUUUUCACCGAGACCCAACUUACGAAAUGGAGGCCCAAAAUACCUAACCGAGGGAGAGACCUACAUAGACAACAUCGAAGAUUGGGAACGUGCUACGACUAGCUUCUUCCAGAGCAACUAUGCCAGUACCCUGAGCUCUCUUACGGUUAACCGUAACAAUCCAUACGGUUCGGGAGACCUACAGACGUCACCCAGCGCCAGCCACAACAAUCUGAGGUUCUCCACAAAAGCUGCCCCCACUGCCAAUAAUUAUGAUGACUUCGAUAGUGCAACUGCCAACGUCGAAAACAAUAACACUGCCAUUAGUGAGAAUCCUACCGGUUAUAGUAGAUAUAAUAAGCUGUCUGCAAACAGUAGCAGCAAAGUGGCGCUAGCAUCGAACUUCAAUAAUUUCUACACCCUUGGGCUAAGCCUUCGGAAGCAGACCACGCCUAAAAGUCCAAAGGCAUCUCGAGCGAGUGCCAACUUCGUACAAUCAACCGAGGAUUUAAUUGAGUUAGGGAAAAAUUGUUAA